AUGGAACGGUCGACUCGGGAGUUGACGACUGGUUGGUCGCUGAAGCAGCGAGAUGACCAGUCCGAAGAGCCUUGGCUUCCUGUCGCUCAGGUUCCCAGCCAAGUUCACAUCGAUCUCCUCGCCAACAAAAUAAUUCCCGAUCCCUUCGUUGAUGCCAAUGAGCUGAAAGUGCAAUGGAUUGGGGAGAAGGACUGGAUCUACCGCAUCCGGUUCAACGCAACUCCUUCAGAAGGCAUGACAACGGCUCUCGUCUUUCAAGGGCUCGAUACCUUCGCAACUGUUACUCUGAAUGGAUCCCAAAUCUUGGAAUCGGACAACAUGCACAUCGCCCAUAGAGUGCAGAUAUCCCAUCUGCUCCGCCCGGACCAAGACAAUGAGCUACAGAUCCUCUUCGAGUCGGCCUUGGUCCGUGGCCGGGAGCUCAUCCACCAACAUCCAGAGCACGUCUUUCACGUCCGCCAAACCGAAGCAAGCCGCGUCCCUGUACGCAAGGCUCAGUACAACUGGGGCUGGGACUGGGGUCCUAUCCUGAUGACAGCGGGACCCUGGCGUCCGGCUCUCCUGGAGCAGUACGUUGCGAGAAUUGAAGACGUGUGGGCGCAGUACCACCUCUCUGAGGACUACAUGUCUUGCUAUGGACACUUGUUUGCGCGAGUUGACGGCAGCAAAUCGGGUGACAAGGUCGUUCUCACAUUACUACACCAAGACAAGACAACCUUCCAGCGGGAGUGCCGAGUUGCAGAAGAUGGGCUUGUCAAGAUUGCGUUUCAGCUUGAUCAACCUUUGUUAUGGUAUCCUCAUGGCUACGGGCCGCAGACCCGCUAUCAGCUGGUCGCAGAACUCUUUCGCCAAGACCAAAAGCUCGAUGCCAGAUCCAAGGAUAUUGGGUUUCGUCAUGUUGAGUUGGUGCAGGAACAAGACGACUUCGGCAAGUCGUUCUACUUCCGCAUCAAUGGCAUCGACACCUUCGCCGGCGGCUCAUGCUGGAUCCCUGGCGACAGUUAUCUCUCACGUAUAUCCAACGAUCGUUAUGUGGAAUGGAUCAAGCUUGCGGUAGAGUCCAAUCAGAUCAUGAUCCGCGUAUGGGGCGGUGGCAUCUAUGAGGAUGACGCCUUCCUGGACGCAUGUGACUCUUUAGGAGUUCUGAUCUGGCAUGAUUUCGCAUUUGCAUGCGCCAGUUAUCCUGUUUAUCCCUCAUUCCUCAAGUCGAUUGAAGAGGAGGCAAGACAGAAUAUCAGGCGGCUUAGAUCGCAUCCCUCGGUAGUCAUCUGGGCCGGAAACAAUGAGGACUAUCAGGUCCAAGAGAGGUACAAGCUUGAGUAUCGACCGGAAGACACCGAUCCGAACUCAUGGCUGAAAUCGACAUUCCCAGCUAGAUACAUCUACGAGUAUCUGUUGCCAAAGUUGGUGCAGGAGGAGGACCCGUCUUGCAUAUAUCACCCAGGGAGUCCCUGGGGCGAUGGCCGAAUCUCAAGCGACCCUUCGGUUGGCGACAUCCAUCAGUGGGAUAUCUGGCAUGGUCAAAUGCACAGAUACCAAGACUCGGCCCAACUUGCAGGUCGUUUCAUCAGCGAAUUCGGAAUGGAGGCCUACCCUCAUGUCGAGUCCAUUCGCCGGGUCAUCACGGACCCGGCGCAACAGUAUCCAGGCUCUGCGAUGAUGGAUUUCCGCAACAAAGCCAUUGACCAUGAGCGCCGCCUUCUGACAUAUGUUGCCGAGAACUUCCGGAUUCCGCAAGGGCUAUGCGCCUUCACCCACAUCACUCAGAUUCUUCAGGCAGAAACAAUGCGGUAUGCAUAUAAGUCCUGGAGAAGGAUGUGGGGAGACGCUGGAGCGCGCAAGUGUGGCGGCGUGCUUGUGUGGCAACUUAAUGACUGCUGGCCGACCAUGUCAUGGGCGAUCGUCGACUACUAUCUGGUGAAGAAGCCAGCCUUCUACGCCAUCUCACGAGCUCUGAGACCUCUAGACGUUGGUAUCGCCCGCAAGUGUCCAGAAUGGACCUCAGGCCACGCCGAUACCACAGUGACGAACACGGAGGAGUUUGAUCUGUGGAUAUCGAGUUCUCGUCAAGGUCCUGUUGAGGUUGAUGUGUCUGUCAAGUUCCUAUCGAUCCGAUCCGGGCAGCCUAUCGCCGAGGACAUCACUACUCAAAUCUCGGCAAAGCCCAACAGCACAACCGAUAUUUUCCAGAACAAACACAUUGCGCCGUUUAACCAACUGGAUGAUCAAGGGUCAGAACAGCACGAACCCUUCAUUAUCUACGCCACCAUCAGUAUUGGCGGCCAGGUUGUUGCCACAGACACGGCGUGGCCGCAACCCCUUAAGUACCUCGACCUCUCGAAUCGAAAGGUGAAAGUCGAGAUUUCGCCAUCCAGAGACCAAGUUGCAGUGUCAGCAGACCUGCCAGCCAAGGGAUUUGUGCUGGCGGAGAGGGAGGGUAUGAAGCUCAGUGACAACGGCUUUGACAUCAUGCCUGGGGAAAACCAUAUUAUUCAAUUGAGUAGAACAGUUGGAACAGCAGAGGACCUUGAAUGGACGUACGUCGGGGCGAUGGUUGGUGAAGGAAAGUGCAAGCCUAGGCUCUAG